AUGGAUUUUAAUCUCAAUCAUCUUAAAAUUAAAGAUCAAUGUCAUAUAAUGGAAAUUGACGAGAAAUCUUCGUUCGAAAGUAAUGAAAUUAUUGAUUUAAACUCUAGAAAGAUUCUUGAUUAUUUUCUUUCAGUACAUCCUAUUAAUAAUAAUAUUGUACUCAUAGAUCAAAUUUUAAGUCAACCUCAAAUAAUUAAUAAUUCACUUCAAAGAUCACCAUAUAUAACUCUGCAUAAUAAAUAUCAACCUGUUAAACUCAAACCGAGAACAGAAUAUUCUCUUCAAACCAUUUGA